ACAGGUUGAAUUAAAGAAAGUAUCAGAAGAAGAUGGCCACUGCACAGUUGCAGAGGACUGCCAUGAGUGCAUUGGUAUUUCCCAGUAAGAUAUCAACUGAGCAGCAGUCUUUGGUUUUAGUGAAGAGGCUACUAGCAGUUUCAGUAUCCUGUAUCACAUAUUUGAGAGGAAUAUUUCCAGAAAGUGCUUAUGGAACAAGAUAUCUAGAUGAUCUUUGUGUCAAAAUUCUGAGAGAAGAUAAAAAUUGUCCAGGUUCUACACAGUUAGUGAGAUGGAUGCUAGGGUGCUAUGAUGCUUUACAAAAAAAAUAUCUAAGGAUGGUCAUUCUAGCUGUAUACACCAAUCCAGAAGACCCUCAGACAAUUUCAGAAUGCUACCAAUUUAAGUUCAAGUACACCAAAAGUGGACCAGUCAUGGACUUUACAAGUAAAAAUCAAAAUGAAUCUAACAUGUCAUCUGCUGACACCAAGAAAGCAAGUAUUCUCCUCAUUCGCAAGAUUUAUAUUCUAAUGCAAAAUCUGGGACCUUUACCUAAUGAUGUUUGUUUGACCAUGAAACUUUUUUACUACGAUGAAGUUACACCUCCAGAUUACCAGCCACCUGGCUUUAAAGAUGGUGAUUGUGACGGGGUAACAUUUGAAGGGGAUCCUAUGUAUUUAAAUGUUGGAGAAGUCCCAACACCUUUUCACACCUUCAAAGUAAAAGUGACCACUGAGAGAGAACGAAUGGAAAAUAUUGAUUCAACUAUACUAUUACCAAAACAAUUAAAAACACCACUUCGAAAAAUCCUGAUGGACAAAGAUGAUGUCGAAGAUGAAAAUUACUUAAGUGUUGAGCACUUAGUCACUAAAACAUCUGAACUUGAUGUAUCUGAAAGUAAAACGAGGAGUGGAAGGAUCUUUCAUAAUAAAAUGGUAAAUGGAAAUCAUCCAGUAAAAUGUAAAGAAAACCAGAAGAGAAGUGACCCUAAAUCUAGGAAAACAGCCUUCCAUCACUUUGAUUCUUCUAGCCAAGAGUCAGUUCCAAAGCGAAGAAAGUUUAGUGAACCAAAGGAAAAUAUAUAAAAUUUCCCUCUGAACAUUUGCAAAGUUCUUCUCAACAUUUAAAUUUAAAAGGCGCUAUAUUACCAUUUUUAAGUGAAUUUUCUGAACUCUGAAAAUUUAUUUGUAGUUUUAAGUAGUUCAUACACUAAAAUGAACUGAUCAAAUAGCUAUUAUAUUGUGAUCCUGAACCUUACCUGAGAUAAAUUCAAGAGAACCAAAAGUACAAAUAUAAAUGAAUCUGUUCAUUAUCUACGGAAUAUUGAUCUACCUUCAAUUUUAGUGGACAUUUUCCUUAAUUGAUUUUAAGGCCUUCUAAAAUCAUUUUGUGAAACAAUAAUUAUUUUGGCAUUAAAAUUUUGUAGACUCAUUUUUUACUAAUGUAAAAACUGUAUAAUCUAACUGGCUGUCAUUGUGUUGUUCUUCAAUUCUUUAAUUGACAAUAUAUGAUGUAUAACUUAGGAAUUGGUACUUUUUUUUACAUUUCUUACUGCAGGUUAAAAAGACGACAUUUUAAAGACUAG